AUGGAUAGUGACCAUCAACAGCAUCGUCCACAUCAACAGCAGCAACAAUCACAGCUUCAACAACAACCACAACAAACCGGACAACAACAACAGCAGCAUCCUAAUGCAGAACUAAGUGACUCAUUGUCAUCAUUGCCUCAAGCGUCCUUCAACUACAUCAAUUCAAUUGUUGGUAGUGGAGUGAUUGGCAUUCCGUACGCCUUUCAUCGUGCAGGUUUUGGCUUGGGACUGUUGCUUCUCAUAUUAGUUGCCUACAUCACCGACUAUUCACUUAUACUAAUGGUGAGAUGUGGUCAUAUAUGCGGUCGCUUCAGUUAUCCAGGCAUAAUGGAGGCAGCCUAUGGAAAGUAUGGUUAUUAUUUGUUGUCAUUGCUGCAGUUUAUGUAUCCAUUUUUAGCCAUGAUAUCGUACAAUGUGGUCGUCGGUGAUACGCUAUCUAAAGUGCUAGUGCGAUUUUUUCCCUCGUGGGGCACAUCAAUGGGUGCCGUUCGACUGGGUGUGGUGUUCUUCGUAACGAUUGGUGUGGUGGUACCGCUUUGCUUGUACAAGAACGUUUCGCGUCUGGCCAGAGCGAGUUUUAUUAGCUUAGCAUGUGUGGUCUUUAUACUGUUUGCCGUGAUUUUGAAGCUUAUGUCAGGUGAUUACAAAGUAACUGAUACAGCGGAUUCCUGGAGAUUUGCAAAUGUCGAUGUUAUUCCCGCAACGGGUAUAAUGGUUUUUGUUUACAAUGACUAA